CUUGAAUGUUUAUAAUGACAGAAGAAUGUUCGCUGUUAUAGUUUGUAGAAGUGCAGGCAUUUCCAUAUGCGUUAUUCCCUCCUAGCUUAUUUGUCUAACCUCGGACUUAAAAAAAAGAUGGCGAGAUAAACAUUUAGGGAAUGCAAACGCUGCGUAGUCUUUUUUACUAAAUGAUGUCACGGAGUGCGCCAAUAUUUUCCAUUUGCCUAUUUUUUUGUGACUUGUGUCGGACAUCUCUGUAUCGGUUAUAACAAGGUUCUCCACUUUCGGGACUUGAUGCAUCCUGCUGAACACGGACGCGCUACCGUAAGCAGAUCUUCUCCGUAGCCUGCUCUCCGGACAACUUUAUUCCCAGUUAGGCUGUGUCAUCUGUGAGAGGGCAGCGCUGCCUCCCACUACCCCGAGCAUGACUGAGGUCCAGGCUUCAUGGCCGCAGGGCACAGAGUGUGUGGCCAGGUACAACUUCAGAGGCACCACGCAAUACGACUUGCCUUUCAAUAAAGGAGACAUCUUGACUAUUAUUUUCGCCACAAAGGACCCAAACUGGUAUAAAGCGAAGAACUCGGCGGGCCAAGAGGGAACCAUCCCAGUCAACUAUGUCCAGAAAAGGGAAGGAGUGAAAUCCGAAGGAAAGCUGAGCCUCAUGCCAUGGUUCCACGGGAAGAUCAGCAGGGAGCAGGCGGAGCAGCUGCUGACCCCACCUGAGACAGGGCUGUUCCUGGUACGCGAGAGCACCAACUACCCCGGGGACUACACGCUGUGUGUGAGCUGCGAGGGCAAGGUGGAGCACUACCACAUCGUCUACAAGGAUGGCAAGCUCACCAUCGACGCGGAAGAGUACUUUGACAACCUCAUGCAGCUGGUGGAACACUACACUGAAAAUGCAGACGGCCUGUGUACCAUACUCAUCAAGCCAAAGUUGGAGGAAGGGACUUUUGCUGCCAAGGACGCAUUCCGCAGGAGUGGCUGGGCACUGAACAGAGAGGAACUCAAACUUCAGCACUCGAUAGGAAAAGGAGAGUUUGGAGAUGUCAUGCUGGGAGACUACAGAGGGUCUAAAGUUGCAGUGAAAUGCAUAAAACACGAUGCUACCGCGCAGGCCUUCGUGGCAGAGGCAUCGGUCAUGACGCAACUGAGACACAAUAACCUGGUGCAGCUUCUUGGAGUGAUUCUAGAGGAAAAAGGAAGUCUGUUUAUUGUGACAGAAUACAUGGCCAAGGGCAGCCUCGUGGACUACCUGCGCUCCAGAGGUCGGACUGUGCUCAACGCACAUUCCCUCCUAAAGUUCUCACUGGACGUGUGCGCUGCCAUGGAGUACCUGGAGGCCAACAACUUUGUGCACCGGGACCUGGCGGCGCGCAACGUCCUGGUGUCGGACGACAACAUCGCCAAGGUCAGUGACUUUGGGAUGACCAAAGAGGCGUGUUCCACCCAGGACACCGCCAAGCUGCCCAUCAAAUGGACCUCUCCCGAAGCCCUGAGGGACAAGCUGUUUUCCACAAAAUCCGAUGUGUGGAGCUUUGGUGUGCUGCUGUGGGAGAUAUACUCAUUCGGCAGAUUGCCUUACCCAAAGAUCCCCCUGAAGGACGUAGUUCCUCGCGUGGAGAAGGGCUACAGGAUGGAGGCCCCAGAUGGCUGCCCCGACGUGGUCUACGACGUCAUGAAGCUCUGCUGGAGCCUGAACGCCUUCGCACGGCCAACGUUCCAUAUGCUGAAAGAGAGGCUGCAAAACAUUGAACACUGAAGGAACGCUGAAAGAGCCACCAGGCAGAGAAAGGACUUGGAGCGAGUACGGACAUAUCCCCUUUGCGGACUCCCAGUGAAACGACCAAGAACUGCAAUUGCCUUUAAGUAUUUGGAAAAAGAUAACCAUUUUAUUGUGAUUCUUUUUUACAUAUCGAAAUGUACUGAGAAUGUCUUUGGCAUUCCCUUGCCUCAGGAGGCAAGUUAUAGUAACACCCUAUUCUUAUAUUUUGUUGCUUUUCCUCUGCUAUGUUCUAUUGGGUAGAAGGCUUUUAGUUUUAAUCGGUUAUGGCGAUAACCAGACCUCCUGAGGGAAUCUGUGACAUAAAUGUAGGAAAAAUAAAGAAACGUUCCAGAAAGAAUCCCAUUUGGGGAAAAGGCAUUCCCUAUACUCAACGUUGCAGAUGUCUUCCAAUGUUCAUGCUAGUAUCAUUCAUGGAUUUUUCUCUGCGGUAGCCUUUUGCUUUCAAAUUCAUGGUUACAGUAAUAACGUUUGUAUGCACAGUCCGCAAUUUCAUCACCUAUUGUCUUACAGAAAAAAGUGUACUUGAAAUGUAUUUAAAAAUAUACUCAAUCCCCUAUUGAUGUAAAUCGACUUGUAAUGUUUUUUUGUGACUUGAUGGGAAAUUUGCCAAAUUGGCCCAUUUUACAAAAUAAAUAUACUGAGCAUAGAGUUUAAAUGUGAGUACACUGUGAGUUUGCAAUAUAAUAUUAGUUUACAAGGAGUGGGCUUCAAAUAUUAUAUUUUAUUAACCUAGUAUGCUUUUGUCUAUUUCAGUGUAGGCAAGUGUACUGCAAUAGAGUAGUCAGAUUGAGUAGCCCCAAAAUUAAAAUAAUUCAACCUAAUUGAGCAACUAAGUUGAUCUUGGAUUGGUCGAAACACUUACAAUAUAUAUAUAUUUUUGAAAACACCUUUUAUAGAAUCCGCAUUUUAUUUAUUUCACCCUACCUACCAUGAAUGUAUGUGCCUUUUCAAAUAAACCUUUGUUUCCUGGGGA